UCCGCCCUUUCUCUACACAUGUCGGUCGGACACUGACGGAAACGCCAUAUUUGACAGCUGGCCUAUCGUUUGUCUUCUUGACUGCUUUCUCGUGACUUUAUAUUCUGUGUGAAAGUUAUGCAUUGAAGCAGUCAUGCCUACUUAUUUUCAAAGACCAGAGAAUGCCCUUAAGAGGGCAGAUGAGUUCAUUGAUGUUGGAAAGAAGCAAAGGGCUUUAGAUGCACUUUAUGAUGUCAUCAAGAGCAAAAAGCAUCGAACAUGGCAGAAAACGCACGAGCCCAUCAUGGAGAAGUAUCUCUCUCUGUGUGUGGAACUGCGCAAGUCUCAUAUUGCUAAGGAGGGCUUGUACCAGUAUAAGAACAUUUGUCAGCAGGUGAAUAUCAGCUCCUUGGUGGAAGUUGUGAAGAACUACAUAGCCCUUGCUGAGGAAAAGACAGAGGCUGCCCGGAAAGAGUCUCAUCAGACUGUUGUUGACAUCGAUGAUUUAGAUCUGCCAGACUCCCCAGAAAGUCUGUUGCUGAAAGCUGUGAGUGGUGAGGAUCUGCAAGAUCGUACUGACAGAGCCAUUCUGACGCCAUGGGUGAAGUUCCUGUGGGAGUCUUACAGGCAGUGCUUAGACCUUCUGCGGAACAAUUCUCGAGUGGAGAGGCUGUAUCAAGACAUUGCCCAGCAGGCAUUCAAGUUUUGUCUGAAGUACACGAGGAAGACAGAGUUCCGAAAGCUGUGCGACAAUCUCCGUACUCACCUGAGUCACAUUCACAAGCACCAGCACCAGCAGACUGCCAUCAAUCUGAACAACCAAGAUUCUCAGGCUAUGCACCUUGAGACCCGUUUAGUGCAGCUUGACAGUGCUAUCAGCAUGGAACUCUGGCAGGAAGCUUUCAAAGCUGUUGAAGAUAUCCAUGGGCUCAUCAUUCUGUCGAAGAAGCAGCCGAAACCUUCGCUCAUGGCCAACUACUUCCAGAAGUUGGGACUUGUCUUCUCUAAGUCUGGGAAUCAUUUGUUCCAUGCCUGCACCCUUCAUAGACUCUUCAACUUGUCUAGAGAGCAGAGAAAGAAUCUUUCUCCAGAGGAACUUCAGAAGAUGGCAUCCCGAGUGCUGUGUGCCACUAUGGCCAUCCCAAUUCCUCCAAGCAGAAAUGUUAUUGGUAACCUGCUGGUUUUGGAUGAGAGUGCUCUUGAAAAACAGCGAAAACUGGCAACUUUAUUGAUGCUCCAAACCCCUCCAACCAGGCAAUCCCUGGUGAAAGACUUGGUAAAAUAUGGUUGCAUCCAGUUUGCCCACCAAGAGCUGCAGAACCUGUAUCAGUUUUUGGAGGUUGAUUUCCAUCCACUCAGCCUGUACAAGAAAGUCAAGCCUGUGGUGGAGUUCAUCGAGAAGAGCGAUGACUUGGCUCAGUACGUCCCCCAGCUGGAGGACAUCAUCGUCUCUAGAGUGUUGAAGCAGGUGUCUCAAGUAUACCAGCAGAUCAAGUUCAGUAGAUUUGCAUCUUUGGUCCCCUUUGCAUCAGAGCACCGCCUUGAGGGUGUCAUUGUGGAUGCUGCCAAAACUCUAGAACUACAGGUUCGCAUUGACCAUCGGACGCACUCCUUGAGUUUUGGAACAGAUCUUGGUGUAUCUCAAAAGGAAGAUAUCCCUGAAGGACCGUACAUUCAGAGCAUGCCCAGUGAGCAGAUUCGCAACCAAGUCAUCAACAUUGCACAAGCCUUGAACCAGGCCAUGGACAUUAUUGGUCCAAAAGAGAGCACUGUGGUGGAAGAGGAGGAACUGAAGACCACAAUCCUGAAUAACUAUCGGCUGUCAGCCAAGAAGGAGCACACUCGCAUUCUGCAGAGACGUCAAAUCAUUGAAAACCGCAAAGAGCAGCUGGAACAGAGCCAAGAUCAGAGGGAGAGAGAAGAGUAUGAACAGCAGGAGGAACAGAGAAGACGCGCGUAUGAAGCUGAGAUGGCUCGUCUCGAAAGAGAAGCUGAAGAGCGCAGCAAACAGCGUCAACAGGAGGAGCAUGAGCAGAUUAAGCGGCGCCACGUCCGAGAGCGUCUUGACGAACUCCGAAAGACGCCACAAGGCUCGAAGAUUCUGCAGAACAUUGAUGAAGAAGAGAUUGCAGAGCUUGAUGUGGAUGAGAUCAUGGCAAAGCAGGUGGAGCAACUAGAAAAGGAGAAGAAAGAGCUUCAAGAGAGACUGAAAGGCCAAGAAAAGAAGGUUGACUAUCUAGCUCGUGCGAAGCGGAUUGAGGAGAUUCCGUUGCUGCAGGAGCAAUAUGAAGAGGAUCAAAAGGCUCAUAAACAGUUCUGGGAGGAACAGGAGAAACAAAGGAUCGAGAAUAUGAAGGAAGAAAGGACUCAUGCCCUGGAGACCAAAGCUCGUUUGAAUCUGAUGAAAGCAGACCUGGAUUCAUUUACCAGCACCCUGAAGAAGGCAAAGAAGUCUGAGUAUGAGGAUAAGCUCAGGGAGUUUGAGAGGCUUCUUGCUGAUGAGCGCAGAAAACGUCUGUUUGAGAGGAAAAAGCAGCGCAAAGAGGAGAGGAGACAGAAAUGGAAUCAGGAUAAGGAGGAAGCUGCUCAAAGGGCACGCGAUGAAAUGCUGAAGAGAGAACGUGAAGAACAAGAACGUCUUGAGCAGGAGAAGAGAGAGGAAGAAGAGCGAGUAUACCUGGAGAGGAAAGCUAAGCUGGAUGAGCAGAUGCAGAAGCAGAUGGCUAAGGAGAGAGAAAUCGAAGAGAGAGAGGCAAAGCGCAGAGAGGAAGUGCGCCAGCAGCGUGAUGAAUCAAGGCGCGAUGACUCACGGCGUGACCUUGACAGGGAUGGGGAGAGGGAGCGAGAGAAUGAGGGAGACUGGCGUAGAGGAGGAGGAGGAGGUCAAGAUGAAGGGGAGAGCAAAGCAUGGAGACCAAAGGCUGGUGGCUGGAGAGAAAGAAACCAGGAAAAGGACACUUGGAGAUCCAGAGGAGAGGCAGACCCUGAAGGGGAUGGAGAGUAUGAAGAUGGCCCACCAGCAGAUCAUGAUGCCGGGGGACCUCCAGCUCCUCGAGAAGGUGAUGGUUUACGAGGACCCCCGAGGGACCGGGACGAUCGUCCUCGGGCCCCACCGAGGGACUUUGAUGACGGAGGAAGUCGCGGACCACCUAGGGGUGACAGGGACUUCCGUGAACCUGAUGACAGAGAUGGAAGGGGCCCCCCUCGCGACAGAGAUGAUUUCAGGGGUCCGAGGGACGAGAGAGGCCCCCCAAGAGACCGAGAUUUCCGUAGGCAACCAGACAGAGACGCGAGAGACUUUAGGGAUAGGGACCGUGACUUUGAAGACAGAGGGCCCCGUGACUUCCGCGAUGACCGAGGUCCGCGCGAUGAUCGUGGUCCACGAGACGACUGGCGCGGAGGCCGGGACCGGCGGCCAGAGGGCGACAGCUGGAGGUCAGGACCGCGCGACGCACCCAGGGACGGUCCCAGAGAAAGAGACAGCUGGAGGGACAGGCGAGAUGACCGCCCUCCGCCCAGAGAAAGGGACGACUGGCGUGGCGGGGACAGGGCUCCUCCGAGGGACGGGCCUAGAGGUGGAGGCGGCGGAAGCUGGAGGGACCGGGAGGACCGAGGCCCCCGCGACGAGCCGCGCAGAGGCGGCUUUGGUGGUGACUCUGAGAGCUCGUGGAGAAGAGGUGGCCCCCCAGACAGAGAGGAUCGUCGUGGUGGCGGCGGCGGCUUCGACCGGGAUGACCGCAGAGGUUUUGACAGAGAAGACAGGGGUCCCCCUAGCCGUGAUGAUAGACGGCCUCCCCCAGAAAGAAGAGGUGGAGAUAGAGAGGACAGCUGGAGGAGAGGAGGUGAUGGCCCACCACCCAGGCAGGAGAAAAGAGAACCUGGGCCAGGUGAAGAAGAUGAUGGCUGGACAACUGUGAGAUACUAGAGACCCAUGUACCCAGAGUUUCAUUAUUUUGAAUUUAUGAUCAUGUAUUUUUGAAGAAAUUGCAGGUGAAAGUUAUUUUUGUCUUCUUUUUAUGAUGUCUUUUUUUUCUCUGGGUGUCUUGAAUUUUACGAUGAAUGUGGUUUGACGGAACGAGAUAAGCAUAUGAAUGCUUGAAGUCAGUGGUUAAUUAAGUUUAGUUGAGAAGAGGAGAUGAUUUUGAGAUUCGUAUUUUGGCAUGCCCAUAAUACGUUGUAAUUGUUCAAUUUGUUUUGAAAUUUGCAAACUGCCAGGAUUGCACUAUAAUGGUUAAAUAAUAUGAUUAUGUCAAUGUUUUACUCAUCAUUUUAAACCGAUGUUCUACCUGCUAAAGAAAGUUUUUUUUGGUCUGCCCUCUUGAUUCUUCUUAGGUUUGUCCCUGUUUCUUUCUGGUUUCCUUGUAGCUCCUACUCUGUUUCUCUGUUAUUUGUGUCUAUUGUCUCAACUUUCCUUUUCUCUUUCAUCUGUUCUUCUAUCUGGCUUUUGUCUUUAACUGAAAUAAGUGACUGUUGUCUUUAGAGAGGAAGAUAUUUCCUCUGUUGAUGUCUGCAUUACAGUGUGUAGUCUUCAUUAUUUAUUCACACAAAACAUGGAGAAGAAGGAACAGUUUUUGAUGAUUUUAGUCUGUGUUUUCUCAAUAGACAUACGUAAUCCAGCAGAAUUUGAAAAAUCUGAAUUUCGCAAACUUUUAAUUUUAAUCCAUGUGUAUGGCUCCUUUGUUUGAUUAUGAAUACAUAAUCCUACUGCAAAUUACCUGUUCAGGAUGUAAGAUUAAUUUUUGUCAGCAUUUGCAAUGCUGUUUAUUCUUCAUAUGCAGUACAUGAUGCAUGUGCAGUUGAAAUUAUAGUAAGUCUUGCUUGUUACUAGAAUUAACUCUUUUCGAUCAGAUAGAUAUGAUUGUAAGUUGGGCUCCUUUUAAUUUUGGCUUGACAAGCUUUCUUUUAUUCAGACUUUUGAUGAAAUCAAAAUGUAACCGCUGUUCUGUUUUCAAGCGAAUAUGUUGUGGGAAUUUGGUUAUUUUAGUGUGGGGAGGGACCUGAAACAAUUUUUUGGGGUUUUUUUUUCCUCAAUGAAAUAAAGCUUUCUUUGAAGUAAGUUA